CAAACUCCUCAUUAACCUCUCAACCUCUCUCUCUUUCUCUAAUCAAGUUAAUUAACAAGCUCAUGGCAACAACAAGACCUUCAAACCUCUCUGAGAGGAGCAAUGGCAAUACUAGUACUCCACAUGGGAGAAGAACUCCAAGAUCAUCACCGGGACCGCGAGAUCGGAAAACACCGGAGAAGCCCAUUGCCGGCCAAGUCAAGUCUCCGGCGAGCUCUCGCGGUGAUACCACUACUAAAACUAUUAAAACACCUUCAUCUUCAACCUCAAUUGCCACCACAAAGAAACCUCUUGUAAGAUCACCAAUGCCUACCACCUUGAAAGAUAGAGCCCUGAGAGCUCCUUCUUCAUUGCCUAAAUCGACGAGUUUUUCGAGAACCAUUUUGGAUAAAACUUCGGCUUCGAAAACUCUAACUAGGAGUUCUACUACUUCAAGAUCACUUCCAUCUUCUAAAGCAAUUAAAACUCCAGUGAAGAAUAAGGUUCAUGAGAAAGUACAUGAAGAAGUGAUCAUUGAUGAUCACUCCAAUGAAACAGUUGCACCAAAUGAUACUAAUGAGGAGGAAAAGCAUGAAGAACUUGUUGAGAGUACUACUCCGGUGGCCGUCGAAGAUCAUCAUAAUGCAUUGGAGGAGAUCUCGGUGUUGCCGGAGCCAGCACCGGAGCUUCGCCAUGAAGAGUUAGCUUCGGCCGAUGUAUUAGAGACGGCUAAAGAAGAAGAUCAUGAACAACAUAAGGAAGAGAUUAUCAAAGAGGAAGACGAAAAGAAGGCCGAAGACGAACAAGUAGAUAUAGAGAUGAAAACUGAGAAUAUUGAGACGGUGAAGAAGUCGGAGGAAAUGCCGGCCGGGAGAAGGAAGGAGGCGGCACCGGACGGCAAUGCGGUGAUCGAAAAGACGGCAGGCAGGUUGGCAUCAAGGAAGAACAGGGUGUUGGCUUUGGUAGGGGCUUUUGAGACUGUUAUUUCAUUGCAGGAACCUGAAGGUGGUCAGCAAGGAAACCAUGCAGCAAAAGAAGAAGAUGAGAGCAAUAUUACACUGCAUUCAAGUCAAUCAGUAUAGACUAAAAUUAAGUCUGAUUGAUUGAACUAUUGAUUCAUUGAGGUGUUUCUUUUUCUAUGUUUGUUUAAUUUGUUAAUUUUUUUUUUCUUUGUGAAUGUUCCUUUUAUAUAUACUUGUUUG